CCUCCCGGAGGUCCCGGCGCUGGUGGACGUCCCGUGUGUUUCGGCCCAGAUAGAUGACUCCCUGCUGAGUCUCCUGAGGGACAGGGUGUCCCGUCACGGCUCUGUUUCAUCCCACCCGCCGGUCCAAAUAGAAGAACUUCAGGAAAGACCCGGCAGCAUCCUGGUCCGCUGGUGCAAGGUGGACGAGGACUUCGCUGCAGCAGAUUACAGGAUGCAGUACCGACGUUCAGGCAGUGGGGGGAGCCAGUAUGAGGACUCCUACAUAGGGAGGGACUGCGAGUUCUUGGUCCUCCACCUGGACCCUCAUACAGACUACCUGUUCAGGGUCUGCGCCCGCGGAGAGGGUCGGACUGAGUGGAGCCCCUGGAGCAUCCCUCAGCUGGGCUACACCACCCUGGCCCCACACGAGUGGCGUUCAGGGACCGAGGGUUACAUCCUAAGCAGCAGGAAGAACAUCGCUCUGCGUAACGAGUCGUCUCAGAGCCGCUGCUCUGUCCUCUACUCCAAUGCCUCCACCUACUUCUGUGGCCAAACGCUGACCUUCAAGAUCUCUGCAGCGGGACAGGUGGACCUGAGGGACAGUCUAGGGGUCUGCAUCGACACUCUGGAGGGGGACGAAUCUCUUCAGCGAGACCAGGCCGUCUGCAUCUCCACCAACGGAGCUGUUUUUGUCAACGGUAAAGAGAUGACUAACCAGCUGCCUGCCAUCACCGUCGGCUCCACCGUCACCUUUGACAUGGAGUUGGUCAACCUGCUGCCCGCCGGCAGCAACAACCAGAGCGACGGCGUCACCUUCAAGCUGAGGGUGACCAUUGGCUCCGGGAACCGGGAGGUGGUCUUUGAUUGGUUGGUGGAGCAGGUGGUGGAUUCGCUCUUCUUCGGCUGCUCCUUUGUUCACUCCGGAUGGAAAGUUCUGGUGUUUUAAGGCGUGGCUCAUCCGUUCAGAACCGCCCACUGAAUGUUUGUUUUUCAGGGAUGCUGCAGACGUCCAGCUAAGUUCAAGGUUCUGCUCAGUUUUUAUGUUUCAAGCWGUGCACAUUUAAAGUUAACCUAAAAAUCUGUUUUAUUUUCCACCAUCAGAUGUUUAUUGUACAGUCCCUCUGGGGCUCUGCUCUACUGAAACCUCCAGCAGGAGGUGCAGAGGGCCCAACAUGGAGCCCUGAGGGGUCCCAGAGUUAAUAUCUGCAGGAUCUUCUUCAGUUUGGGUUUUUUCAGGGUCAAAAGUUCUGAUUCUGUGGGAAGAACUGAGGGUUUUCCUGAUGAAUCUGGACCUUUGCUGCAGUUUGUUUUUGGUUCURAGAGGAAGAGUUUGAAUCCCAGGUUUUUAUGGUUUGUAUAAACUURAUGUUUACAGCUGCAGCUGCCUUGUUGCUGCUGCUUUAGUUUUGUUUUUGUGCUUCAGAAUCUUUCAGAAACAGUUUGGGAGGAAGAUCAGAACAUUUUUUAUAUUUGAAUGAAAAUCUUCACUGUGAACUUCUGUCUGUAAAACUUUAAACCUUCAGACAGAAAAUAUUCAGACAUUUUGAAUCUAAAGGUUUUAAAUUUGGUUCUGUAAGAACUUUUCUUCAGCUGAACUCUGAGCCGAUCACAGCUGAUCCGUYUAAAUCUUUCAGAUGAAUUCUUUGUUUGGAGCAGACUGAACAUUUAGGAUUUAUCUGCAGUCCAGAAGUCAUUUCCAGUUAAAGUAGACCCAGUCUGACCCAGUCUGACCCAGUMWGACMGCUGCAGGUUAGAUUUUAACAGUCCAGUUUAACGGCCUCGGCCCGGUCCAGUCCAGCUUUGUGUUGAAGUUGGCGGGCAGUACCUCAGUCAGACGUUAACUUUCAAACCCAGAAUCCAGUCUGACGUUGGUCACUGUGGUUUGGAACAACCUGCUGCAGCUGCUUUACUUUGAACAAAAACAGUUUAAUAAAGAAAAAUUCAUUUGUUCACAACAGAAAACUGUUUAAAACUUGUGAAUAUUUCCAUAAAACUGUCAGAAUUUCUGUUUCUGGAGGUUUGAACAAAGAAAAUCUUUGAAUCGUAUUUAUUUGGCUUUAAUACAUUUAUUUUAAAGUUUUACUUCCAGCUUGUUUUUUAAAUAUUUGUCUGUUUAGGUCAAGAUUUCAACAAACAGAAUCUGUUUCUGUGUUUAAAUGUGUAAAAAGAGGAAACUGCAGUUUUUCAUUCAGCUGCCAACCGUUCAGUUUCUUUGUGGAGGUCGCUGAGACUCUGGAACAAGUCCAGCUGACGGUACAAAUGUUCUGAAAGAACCUCAGAAGAACCUGACUGAAGCGUCUGUUACAUUUAUCAGCACAUUUUGCUCAAUUAAACUUUGAUGUGGCAAAUAAAAGCUUUUUCUUCUCUUA